CCCAAGCCCAUAGUCUGUUGCAUAUUAAAUCCUUCACCUUUUCAGUUGGAGAUUGGAGAGAGCUAAGCUCUGAAGUCUGAUGCUCCUUCAAAGUCGGCUUCCGUUAUUUCACUUCAUUUCCCGCUAUUACAUUUUAUCAAAGCCGCGCCUUCUCUCCUUUCACACUCCACUAACCAAGCAAUCAUGCAUCUCUCUUCUCAAAAGCUGCAAGUCCAUGAACCACCUCAAGCAAAUUCAAACCCAAACCUUCCUACUCGGUCUGCACCAAGACAGCAACACUCUCAACAAGCUCAUUGCUUUUUGUACGGACCCAUCUCUCGGGGACUUCCAAUACGCUAUAAAAAUAUUCAAUCUCAUUCAAUACCCAUCUUUGUUUAUUUACAAUGUUAUAAUCAAGAUGCUUGUGAAAAAUGGUAGUCCUAAAAAUGCAAUCUUGGUCUUUGGGAAGCUUAGGGAACAAGGGCUGUGGCCCGAUAAUUUCACCUAUCCUUUUGUUUUUAAGGCCGUUGGAAGCUUGGGAGACGUUCUCCGAGGUCAGAAAAUUCAUGGGUUGGUAGCAAAAUCCGGGCUUGAAUUUGAUGCUUUUGUCAUUAAUUCACUUAUAGAUAUGUAUGUUCAAGUGGGUUGGAUUCAUUGUUCGAAGAAGUUGUUCGAUGAAAUGCCUCAAAGAGAUGUGAUUGCCUGGAAUGUGUUGAUUUCUGGUUUGGUCAAGUCUGGAAAGUUUGAAGAUGCUGUGACUGUUUUUGACCUGAUGAGAAAAGAGGGUCUGGUUAAGCCUAAUGAGUCUACAAUUGUUAGUACUCUUUCAGCUUGCACGGCUCUGGGAAGAUUGGAACUUGGCAUGGAAAUUGACCGUUACGCGAGGGAGGAACUUGAACUGACUGCGAUAGUGGGUAAUGCUUUGUUAGACCUGUAUUGUAAGUGUGGUUGUCUAGAUAUGGCCAGGAAACUUUUUGAUGAGAUGCCGAGUAAAAAUGUUAAUUGUUGGACCAGUAUGGUGUAUGGCUAUGUAAAUUGUGGUCGGCUGACUGAAGCUAGACAGUUCUUUGAGAGAAGUCCGGUUAGGGAUGUAGUUCUUUUGACAGCUAUGAUGAAUGGUUAUGUGCAGUUCAACCGUUUUGAAGAGGCAGUUGAAUUGUUUCAAGAAAUGCAGAUUCAAAGGGUUAAACCGGACAAGUUUGUUUUGGUUUCUCUCCUAACUGGAUGUGCUAAGUUGGGAGCUCUUGAGCAAGGGAAAUGGAUUCAUGGAUACCUUCGUGAAAAUAGAAUUGUUGUAGACACUGUUGUCGGUACUGCUCUUAUAGAAAUGUAUGCAAAGUGUGGGUGCGUUGAGAGAGCUCUAGAGAUAUUCUAUGGGUUGAGGAAAAGGGAUACUGCCUCUUGGACUUCAAUUAUAUCUGGGCUGGCAAUUAACGGGGAAACAAGCAAGGCACUUGAGUUAUUCUCGGAAAUGAAACAAAUUGAUGAAAAACCUGACGAUAUCACCUUUGUAGCUGUUUUAAGUGCUUGUAAUCAUGGAGGAUUGAUUGAAGAAGGUCGUAAGGUUUUUGAUUCCAUGUCAAAAGUGUACCAGAUUGAACCAAAGUUGGAACACUAUGCGUGUCUGAUUGACCUACUCUGUCGAGCUGGACUAUUAGAUGAAGUUGAGAAGUUGAUAGAUGAUUUACCAAGCAAAGAAAAUGAAACCAUGGUGCCACUUUAUGGUUCCUUGCUUAGUGCUUGCAGGACCUAUGGAAAUGUUGAGAUGGGAGAACGGAUAGCUCAACGGCUUGUAGGAAUUGAAACAAGUGAUUCCAGUAUUCAUACGCUUCUUGCCAGCAUCUAUGCAUCUGCUGAUAGAUGGGAAGAUGUAAAAAGGAUUAGAGAAAAAAUGAAAGAUCUUGGAGUCAGAAAGGUGCCUGGUUGUAGCUCAAUAAAGUCAAUGGUGCAGUAACUUGAUAAUAGAUCAGUCUCUUGAACAUAUACUGCCCAAUAGGGGAAUACAUUGGCAUUUUUGGUAUAUUCUAAAGUUGUUUAAUGAUAUUUUUUGUUUAGUUAGGGAAAAAGCACAAACGAAUUCUUAGAACAGUUACUGAACAAGCUUCACCAUUUCUGUCAGAGUGACGAUGGAGAGAAAAAAAUGUUCAGCACACUUAAAUUUGUUCCAAUAGGAGUCUGUGGAGGCAUCCGAAUCAUUCAUCAACUCCCUAUGGAACAAGUUUAUGAUCGUCAUCUUCUGCAUGCAACACUGU